UUGUUCCCAAAGCAAGAAUGAUGGUGUGCGUACACGGGUUAGUGUCAGACAAGACCCGAGAUUCAGUACUGAACUACAGUGUUGCACACGCGUCUAUCCGUAUGCAAGCUCGGAAAAGAAAACUUCACUUCGGAGCAGCCGGGAGGCUUUUGUAAGAUCCUUAGAGUCUCUUCAUAUUUCCAGUUCCUGUUGCUCAUCCAGUUUUCAUUAUUGUUUCCCACCAGACGGCUUUCAACUUUAAGGACUAUUAAUCAGAUACAUCCAGGUCAAACGGACAACGAAAAAUGUUUUAGCGCGACAGAUAUUCAGGAUAACCGAGAACAUCCCAUGCCCUGCUGUGUCAGAAGCUCCUUUACAGAUGCACAAGACAGAUGUGAUAUAUACGCUUAUUCUCCUUAAUUAUGAGUAAUGACAACUUCCAAACACCGUUGACCUGCGGCACUCUUACUGGGAAGGGAACAUCACAUAAAGAUGAGGGGGAAACCCACAGUAACGCUUCUCCCAGAAUGACCGACAGCCAGGCCGUUUGUCCCGGGCUGGACAUCUCCACGGCGGCCCGGCCGACGCACUCGGAUGACACGGAUGCCCACUCCAGCGGGAAUGACUCGGCCGAGAGAGAGAGUGAAGGACACAUGGGACGGGAAGCGUCCACCUGCAGCUCCCACCAUGGAAAGGGAUCAACCACAGAGACUACGGAAAGCAAGAGCUCAAACGGAAACAGUCCCUCUCCGCCUAGCAGCUCUGUAUCGUACAGUCUUUUGAGUGGCAGCUCGGAGCAGGAUCAGGCCACGUCUCAAGUGUCCAGCGGUGACCAGCCGGCCCGACUGCAGACCCAGCGGGAGCUGCUGAAGGCUCUGCGUGAGCUAAAGACCCGCAUGCCGCCAGAUUGGCGCAGGAAAGGCCGAUCAAGCACCCUCGCGUCCUUGCAGUAUGCACUUAGCUGUGUCAAACAAGUGAGGGCUAAUCAAGAAUACUACCAUCAGUGGAGCGUGGAAGAAAGUCAUGGGUGUUGUUUGGAUUUGUCGUCGUUCACUAUAGAAGAGCUGGACAACAUUACAUCGGAGUACACCCUUCAAAACACGGACACGUUCUCUGUGGCAGUGUCGUUCCUCUCUGGUAAAGUGGUGUACAUCUCAUCCCAGGCGGCCUCUCUGCUGCGCUGUAAACCCGAGAGGCUGCAGGGAGCAGUUUUUUCGGAGCUGCUCGCACCUCAGGACGUCAGCACAUUUUACAGCAGCACCGCUCCAUGUCACCUGCCGCCAUGGUCCUCCUGCGCAGGCACUACCUCACAGGUGGACUGUGCAGAGGAAAAGUCAAUGUUUUGUCGGAUCAGCAGAGGUAGGGACAGCGAUGGAGAAGUGAAGUAUUACCCCUUCCGUCUUACACCAUAUCAGCUCACCCUGAGGGACUCCGACACGUCCCAACCUGAGCCCUGCUGCCUCCUUAUCGCUGAAAGAGUUCACUCCGGCUAUGAGGCACCUCGCAUCCCAGCAGAUAAGAGAAUUUUUACCACCAGUCACACCCCAAACUGUCUGUUCCAGGAAAUUGAUGAAAGGGCAGUGCCAUUAUUAGGUUACUUGCCUCAGGACUUGGUUGGGAAGCCGGUGCUUGUUUACCUGCAUCCAGAAGACAGACUUCUUAUGGUGGCCAUCCACAAAAAAAUUCUCCAGUUUGCAGGGCAGCCGUUCGACCACUCGCCUCUGCGCAUGCGUGCACGAAGCGGGGAGUACUUGACUCUUGACACCAGCUGGUCGUCCUUCAUCAACCCCUGGAGCAGGAAGGUGGCUUUCAUAGUGGGACGCCACAAAGUUCGAACAAGUCCACUGAAUGAGGAUGUGUUCACAGCCCUGGAGGGCGGGGAUGUGAGAACCAUGUCCCCAGAUGUGCCACAGCUAAAUGAGCUGAUCCACAAGUUCCUGGUGCAGCCCGUUCAUGCCAGCAGCUCACAGGGGUACGGCAGUCUGGGCAGCAGUGGCUCACAUGAGCACCAGCAAAGCGCCGCUUCCUCAUCUGAGAGUAACGGACAUGCUUCUGAGGACCAAAUCAAGCCCAGAAAACCAAUGACGUUUGAGCAGAUUUGUCAAGACAUGCACAUGGUAAAGGCCAGCGGGCAGCAGGUCUUCAUUGAUUCCCGAAAUCGUCCGCCAGCUCUCAAACAGAGUAGCUUAGAAGUACUGGCAAAUGCAGCAGACACAGCAGAGGUCACUGCUAGAGAAGGUCUGGCAAGUUUAGCGCUGUCCAGUCCACCGAGGAAGGAGCUGCCCACCGUCUACUCAUACCAGCAGAUCAACUGUCUGGACAGCAUCAUACGAUAUCUGGAGAGCUUUAAUGUCCCUGGCACAGUGAAGAGGAAAUGUGGCUCAUCUUCCUGUACAACCUCUUCUACCUCUGAUGAUGACAAACAAAGGGAAGGGGCUGGAGCAACUGAAGACAUGGCAGAGACUCUUGUGGUGACUGAGGGCUCAAAGGUUGUUCCUGCGGCACCAGCGCACCCCCUAACCCCUCUGGCUCUGCACUGUAAGGCUGAAAGUGUUGUCUCGGUCACUUCCCAAUGCAGUUUCAGCAGCACCAUUGUUCAUGUUGGUGACAAGAAGCCACCUGAAUCAGACAUUGUUACAAUGGAGGAGCCGCCAACCACCCCAACCCCUUCCACAUCAGCCCCACCUGUUUCCAUUACCUCUCCCAUGCCGGUGAACACCCAGCAGGCCAUGUCCCCUACAGCUGCUGUUCCUGAGAAAGAAAAGGAGAAAGAGAGAAGAGGUGGAGGUAAUGCCGGGAAGGGCCUCACAAAGGCAGUGUUAUCUGCACACACCCAGCAAGAAGAGCAAGCUUUCCUCAACCGUUUCAGAGACAUCAGCCAUCUGCGGCUGGUCCAACCCAGUGGGCCGCCACAGCGCAGACACUCAUCUACACCUGGUGCAAAAGGAGUCAACAGCUCCCAGAACUAUCCUUCUGUGGGCAACAGCAGCAGUCGUCGUCAUGGUAGAGGUGGGAAAAGACGGAAACAUCAAGUAGAUGGCAACACACAAGACAGUCCCUCCCCCUCUGGAUCUAGCCCCUAUGGAGGAUCCAAUCCUGCAGCAGUAAGACCCAACCUCUCCUCAGUACAGCAAUCUUCCAUCUCUUGGCCACCAUCUGUGGCAUCCCAGACUAGUGGUGCUCCAAUGAUGGCCUCCUUUCCCCCAGGCUACAUGCCUAUGUUUCCCAUUUCAUCACCUUUCUCGAUGCCCCAAAUGGGAACAGAUCCUUCCCUGCAGGCAGGAGUUCCUAGAUUCCCCAUGCAAGGCUUUCCUUCAGUGAUGCCACAAGUCAUGACCUUCAUGUUGCCCAACUAUAUGUUUCCACAACCCGGUAAUCCAGGACCACAGUUGAACCCAGUCAAUUUGCAGCUCGGUGGGCAACUCCCUGCCCAGAUGAACCCCUUGGGCCAGUUCCCUUCCACUAUUGUUGGUUUACCAUCAUUCAAUCCUGCAGUGGGACAGUUCACUCCACUGGGAUCCCAAGUGAAUCCUGCCAUGCCUACAAUGAUUCCCCAACAAUUCUACAACCCAAAUCCACUGUACGCUUUUCCCAACUCUCCAUCAGUGCCAGCAGGAAACACUAAUACUGCCCCACAUGGGCAGUCUCGCUCCAGCACACCCCAGUCCACUGGGCAACAGGCUGGCGAUAGGGAAGGGGCGGGAUCUCCUCUGUUUCAAUCUCGAUGCUCCUCCCCUCUCAAUCUUUUACAACUUGAGGAAUUGCAAAGCAACAGAACGGACACUAUGCAACAGACUCCACCUCCAGGCAGUGGUGGUACACAAGUGGGCGGAACUGUGGUGCAAAAUUCCACCAAUCGCAGCAACCCCAAAGAUGGCAAACUCAAUGAGAGUCCCGAAGUCAAUGAGUCCAACCAGGAUGCCAUGUCGACCUCGAGUGACAUGCUGGACCUACUGCUGCAGGAGGACUCCCGCUCGGGCACUGGCUCCGCCGCCUCAGGUUCUGGAUCAUCAGGGUCAGGGUCAUUUGGAUCUGGAUCUGGAUCCAAUGGGUGUAGCACAUCUGGAAGUGGCACUAGGAGCAGCAAUACAAGCAAGUACUUUGGAAGCAUUGACUCAUCAGAGAAUGAUCACAAUCAUAAACCAGGAUCUAAAGAUCUGGGAGGGGAACAGUUCAUAAAGUUUGUGCUCCAGGACCCCAUCUGGCUCCUCAUGGCGAACACAGAUGACAAAGUCAUGAUGACGUACCAGAUUCCCCUCAAAGACAGAGAAUCAGUACUGAAAGAAGACAGGGAUGCCCUAAAAGCUGUUCAGAAGCAUCAGCCUCACUUUACUGAAGAGCAGAAGAAAGAGUUAACUCAGGUCCACCCUUGGAUUCAAACCGGCUGCCUACCAAAGGCCAUCAAUGUUACAUCGUGCACAGGAUGCGAGUCUCCCCCAGAUUCCUCGGUUCUUACUCCGUUCGAUUUGGACUUUCAUGAGAUGGAUCUCAACAUGGUUUUGAGAGAAGAGGCCAAACAACAAGAUAAACUUAUCGCUGUUGAAACAUCCUUUCCCUUGAGCCCCCCUUCAUCAGAUAAUGAACAAAGAGACAAUCAUGCCCCUGCUAGCACGUAGAAGUGGGCCAUUGAGGAAGUGGAAAUGACAUCAUCAGUGUGGCUGCCGGACCAUCAUUGGUUGCGUUUUCUUUUAGGACCAAGCUGAAGGGUUGGAAGGUUUAUAAUCGGUAUCAAUGGCUCACUUUUAAAUAUAUUUUUUUAAAUUAUGAAUAAUUUGUAGUGUAAUAUACAGCCGUCUGAAUAAUAAAAGGAAGAAGCUUCCUUUCAGUUUGGUAGCUGAAAAGAGCACAUUUUGAAUGUCAAACUAUUGCACUUGCUAGAUGUUGUGUAUGUUGUUGCACUAUGUUCUGUUUCCAGGUUAUUCGUGAGUCUGCGUGGCGUAAUCUAUCCUACGACAUGUACCGUUUCAUAAUUAUUCAUUGCACCACGUUACAGGUUUAUAGAAUCAUUGACAGCUUGACAACAAGGAAUUUACUUCACAUAAAUUUGAAGUUAGAUGUGAAAUUUUUACUGACGCUCUUUCCAGUGUGGGUUUCUAGGCUGUCGGUUUUCUAACCAUUCCACACAAUUCGUGGAAAUUUUUAAUGUGAAAAAUAGAUUCCAGUCUGACCCUGAAACCUUGAUAGCCUGUAACCCCGUGUUGGCCAAAUGUUAAUGUCUUUAAAAAUCGUAUUGAGCAAUUUAAGAACAGUCGGUUGAUUUUUUUAAUUUUAUUUCUCUUGGCCGAGAAUGGCUCUGGCACCAGAGCGCAAAGUAGUUCGGUUGAACAUAAUUAUGAUAGGCCAAAAACAUUUUCUAGAUAAAUUGCCAAAAUAUUGCAAGUCGUGGUCAGAUUGUACAUAUUUGUGUAUUUUUCGAGUUACUGUAAAAGUAACUAAGCUGUUCAUUUCAUGUUGUGGUUUUGCUGCCUUAGACAUGCAUUUAAGAUCAUAUGCUAAAAGCAUUUGCGUUGCACUUAUGUUGAGUAUGUUUCAGUCCAUGGUGUCAGCAUCACAAACCCAAUUCUUUACUAGUAGUGUUAAAACAUUAUUUAUUUGUCCAUAUUCAGCUGGAUAUGUUUUUUAAUGUAUAAUAUGUAUUUUAACGUGUGCAUUUUUGCAUCCCUGCACACGGUUUAAAGAGCUUUUGAUACCUUUAAGUACACAACAUGGAAAUAAAUGACUAGCAGAGAAUUUUGUUCUCUCUGUUGUUCAUUUGCCCUUAUUUUCAAGAGCAAUAAAAUAUUAAAUAUUAAAGCCUCCCGGUUGAGCUUGAAGUUCCUUCUGAUUCAUUGUAUUGUCCAUUGAAACACAAGGAUACUAUUUUUAGCAUCUAGUGUCUUGUUUAGGUCCACAACAAAUGCAGGACUGCAUUAUUAACAAGGUUAAUGAUUUUGUUUUUUUUUAUUACAAAACAAGACAAGUACUUCCCUUUUCCCAUUGCCCUCAGAUUUAUUUGCGAGGGUUUUUCAAAAGCUUUUCUGUGAAAGCAGACAGGCCCAAUCAGUUUACAUGCAGUACUAUUCUGUUUAAAGCUUCUGUUGAAUGUGCAAGAAUUGUACAUUGAUUUUGUACAUUUGCAAAACCUUGAGUCAAUCAUUUUUACUUAAACAUGCUUGUAAAUUUUAUUUUUUGCUUUGAAACUAAAUAAAUGUUUUUUAGUAACCUUG